CAACCCUGCCUUUGUCGACAGCUGAUGACAUACUAAAAACAACCACGCAGUUGUAACAAAACCCCAGCCACUGUUUAUAUUAUUUUGCACUGUCGCGGUGAGGUUGUCAAUUGAAUUAUUGUUGCGUUGCUUCACAGUCGAAAUUGUAUUUUGUGUAUUGAAAACAUGUUUAUUAAUACAAGCAAAGCGUCUUUGCUGCGUGCAGCUGUGCGUCUACCCGGUGGUAUGCAGUACCUCAAGAAUUACGCAGCCAUUCAACCGUUUCACACAAGCACCAACGCCUUGAACUACGUAGCCUCGGCGCCCGCUCUGCCCCUGCCCCAUAAUGUGGAUGCCGCUGAGACGACACGCUUCUCUCCGCAACGCGCCCGCGACAUGUCCGACAAUAUAAUGGCAUUGUCGCAUGCACCCAUCUCCAUGAUUGACAUCACCACGGAUAAUAGCCAGAGUGCUGCUGCCUUUGUUGACUCCUCUGUGGCCGCGGAUCCACAUGUGCAGUCAUAUGAUUGCUUGGGCGCCGUCAGCCUAAACGCUGUGAUGCAGAGCAAUGUGCCGACACCGUUCGGCGGCAUGCACAAAUUCACGCAUCUGAACAUGCCCGGCGGUCAGUGGUCGCAGGAGUACAAGUUCACCUCACAGAAUAUGCAGAGCUCCCAUUAUCGGGCGCUGCGCGACAGUACACGGACCGAUUGGGUGACCUACGAUCAGAAUGCCACAAUCACUGCUGGCACUGGCCAAGGCUGGCGUCGUUGCUACAGCACACAAGCAAAGCCAUCAACCCAAGACACAGCAACAGCGACAGCAUCACCUCCUACUCCUCCUCCAACCUCCGAGAACUUGAGCAAGAAGGAGCAAUUGAAGCGGGCCUUUAAGGAGUAUGGCGCCACCAUUAUCGUAUUUCAUGUGGGCAUCUCACUGCUGUCGCUGGGUGGCUUCUACGUGCUCAUCUCCAGCGGCAUAGACAUGAUGCCCGUUAUGGAGUUCCUUGGCAUUGAGGCGUCGGCAUUCGCCGAAAAAAUCGCUGUGGGCAGCACCUUUGUCACCGCCUAUGCUGUUCACAAAGUAUUUGCUCCACUCCGGAUUAGCAUCACGCUGGGCUCGACACCAUUUAUUGUCCGCACACUGCGCGCCAGGGGAUUCCUCAAACCAAAAAUUAAAAGCAGCUAGUGCUCUAUAUCACGAACGCAUAUCAAUUAUAUAUUAUUUAACCCCCACAAUUAUUACCUAUAUAUAUAUAUACUGUAUUAGAUUAGACAACUCGGUAUUGGAAACGACUCGAAAGAUUUGUGCUUGAUAAUACAUACAUUAUAAUCGAAAUAAUA